AUGAAUUAUCGUGAUCAAUUACUAUUACAAGAAGAAGAACAAGAACUACACCAACCUGACAAUAGUCCCGGAAAUUCUGGAUUAUUCAAAUGGACCAUUGAUGCCCUGUUUGGACCUAAAAAGGAACCUCAUAUGCUUUCACAAGAUGAUACCAAUUAUAACAAUAUGAACCACCAUAGAAGAAUGAAUAAAACUCGAGAAUCUCCUUUAACUGAAUUGAAAACAAGAUCAAACUCUUGGGAUGGAUCAUCGUUAAGUAACCUGGGUUUGGAUUCCUCAUUUUAUAGGAAAUAUGACCUUUUAUCACCUUCAAAUAAUAUGCAACUACAGCAACAGGAACAGCAACAACAACGCUAUAAUCAUAAUACUAAAUACAAUGAUAUAAGGAAUAGUUUAAUGAGUCCCAUUCAUCUACGACCUUCCAUGGUAACAAAUGAACAACAAAAAAAUGAGAACUCAUUACUUCGACAUCAAUUAUAUAAUCAUGACGAAGACCCCCCAAAUUCUGAACCAACAGAUACAUUCCAAUGGAGAAACAAUAGAUCAAAGAUAAGUUCCAAUAAUAAUAACCAUCGACAGGACAUGGAUAAUGAUAUACCUUUUAGACCUCCCAAAGAUAAUGAUACAUUAUUAUCUAAAUUAUUUGGUAAAGGGAAAAGAAUUUCCAAAUCUCAAGCAGAAAAUAAAAAUGAUUAUAAUAAUAAUAAGACGAAUAUCCCUGGCAAAUUCCCAUCACCUGCCAAAUCUAUUCUUUCAACAACAAUAAAUGAGGAUCUUACGUAUAACAAUGGGAAAGGGACUGCGACUACCAACGCUCCUCGAAAACCACAUAACUAUGUGAAAGAAUAUCAGGAAUUAUUAGAUGAAAUAUGCUUAAAUACAAGAUCAUUACAUUUAAUAGAUAAAGACUUACAGGAAAGAGACCAAUUUGUUCAAUUACAAGAAGAAGCUUUCCAAGAUAAAUAUAACUCAUUAAGAUUAGAAUUCAUAUCCCAAUUGAAACAAAUGAAAAAAUUAUCUGAUAAAUAUUUCAAAUUAUUAUCCAAAUAUCAAACUUUGAAAAAAAUUUCAUUGGAUGCGGAAAAUUCAAAUGAUGAACAAAUUAAUGACUUACAAGGACAAUUAACUCAUUUAAAAAAAUCAAUUCAAUUUGCCAACGAUGAAAGAAGGAACUUAACACGAGAUAAUGAUCUCCUAAGUGAUAGGUUAAGAGAUUCAGAAAUACAAAGAGAAAAUGAUCAAUUCAAAUAUGAAUCCAAGAUAAGAGAUUUGGAAAGACAAUUAUUAGAAGUAAGAACCAGAAUUCCAGAACAGGAUCAUUAUUACUAUAACAACUAUAGUAAUAAUUAUAAUGAUACUUUAGAUACCUCAAUCUCUUCACCGGCAAUGUCAACACGCCGUAGAAACAAAUUCAACAUGGAAGACUUGGGCACUGGUACUGAGAAUAGACAAUCCAUAGAAGAUAUUUUGACCAUGGAUACUGAUGAAUUGAAAUCAUAUAUUUAA